AUGAAUCGAAAAUUCUAUAUAAUAAUUGUUAUUCUAUUCCUCCAUGGACUUAUGGUAAAAUCUCAAACAUACGACAAGAAAACAAUAGAUGGUAUGGUUUUAAAAAUGCUAUGGGAGAAAGUGUACGCAUCGUAUGACGUCAAAAGUAAAGAGCUGGCGAUAAAAAAACUCAGAAACGCCGGUGAAUACGAUCAUCUCAUUCUUUAUUUACAGAAGGUGAAAAAAGAAAAAGUGAAAAAAGUGAUCAAUUUAGUCGGUGAAGUUAUGUUGGCGUACAUGAGU